UAGCCAUCAUUUAUAAAUGUGAUCGGGUGGUGUUCAGUCCGUAAAUCGUCUACAGUACGAACAAAUUUAACGUAUCUUUAUAAAUAAAAAUAAAUAAAUAAAAAAAAACGUGCCAACAAAAUACUUUGUUUUUGUUCAGUUUUAUUAAUAUCAAAUACUUAAAGAAGUGGAAAAAAAAUCGAAUAUAUAGGGGAUGGGAUUUUUUAUGUCGUGAAAAAUUUAGCAAAUUAUUUAAAAUCUGUAAACGCCAAUAUUACUCAUAUUGUGAUUGACUUGUAUAUUAACCAAUCAGGAAUCAUUGAAAGCUUAGCUUUGGUCACCUCACCAUGACCACUAUGGCUUUCAAUAACGAACAUCCUUUUUACAAAGAGUGAAAUGAUAUAAAGUAGAAAAUAUAUUCAGCGAAAACUCUCAAUCACAGUCCUCGACAGAGCCAUCACACAAUGUGUUUGUAAUUUGUUAUGAAAACCUACAAGCCAGAAAUUUCGAGGAAAUUCGUCCAAACAGUGUAUGAGAAAUUUCAAAAUUAUAAUUUAUCCUAAUCGUUUGGAAAUAUUCAACAGUAUAGUGGUUCCAUUGAAGUCGGUCAGACGGUCGGCGAAGACUUCACGGCGUAUCGAAACGCGCAUGUUAUUAUUAUGUCGACGACGCGUUCACGGGUUAAAUUCGAUACUGAAAGAAAAAAGUAUUAUAAUAUUAUCAAGUGAAUAUUAUUUUGCUGAACAAAACAUGGCUAACUUAACACGGGCACACAGUUUUGUGUAUCAAACACAGGACCAUUUAUUGAAAAUGUUGAAGAAUGAACUAGUUUUUGAUGAAGUGGUCGAUUCGUGGGCGUUCAUGAGUACGCCAUGGUCAGUACUAUCGAUUUUGUCUGUGUAUUUGUUUUUCGUUUUAAAAGUUGGACCAAAUAUGAUGGAAAACCGGAAACCAUAUAAUAUUAAAAACGUGAUGCUUCUGUAUAACGCAAUACAAACUCUCUAUAAUGGAUGGCUUGUGAUGUGGUUCUUUACUACACCUGGAGCAGUGGCGUAUCAGAUAAACCAUAUAUGUCACCCUCUGCCUCGAAAUCUCAACCAAUUUCUUGUACAUGAAUUGAACAAAGGUUCAUGGUACUUUUUCCUAUCCAAAGUAAUUGAUUUGUUGGACACUGUGUUCUUCGUCUUGAGGAAAAAACAGUCACAAGUAUCUUUCUUGCACGUUUACCAUCAUGUAAACAUGGUAAUCACAUGCUGGGCCUAUCUGAGGUUCAUAAAAGGAGAACAACUGUUAUUAGCUGGUCUCAUAAACUCGUUUAUUCACACGGUUAUGUACAGCUACUAUUUCCUGUCGGCUUUGGGUCCCCAUAUGCAAAAAUAUUUAUGGUGGAAGAAAUAUUUAACCCGUAUGCAAAUCAUUCAAUUCAUAUCGAUCAUGGUAUUUAAUGUUGGUUUAUACGCAUUUAGCUGCACUAUUCCUAAGCUAUUUAUGAUGUACGUGCUUGCUGACCUCUCCUUGUUUUUGUAUUUGUUUUUAAUGUUCUACAGAAGAACGUAUGAAACAAAACACAAAGGAAAAGAACAUACAAACUAAAAGCUCAAUAAAAAAAAAAAAGAAGAAGAUUUAAGAAUGGUGAUAAUUGAUCGCCAGGUCUAUAUUAUUAACUUUAUAUUUUUCGAAAAAAUGUGAUCUAUUUUUUAACAUUUUUUUUUUUUUUUUUUAUUCAAUGUUAUAAAUUUGACAAUAGCUUGAUUUAUUUUAGAAUAAGUAAAACUAAUAGAACGUUUCUAGAUAUACUAAAUUAAUCAGAAUCAAACUGAAUGAAAAUUAUUCAUUGAUUGUGCACCACAUGGUAGUUGUUAUAUUAACAACAAUAAUGUCUUACAAAGAAAAUGUUUAUUUUUUCACCCAAUUACAUAAAAACAUUGUUUAUUAUUAAUUAAACAUAAUUAAAUAUUUAAUAUUCACGCGUAUAAUGUGAUCAGUUUGAUUAAGAUAUUUAAAACUAUUUUUCUCUUUCCCACUAUUAUGUUAUUAUUUUGUUAAUGUAAUAUCGAUGGAUAAUAACGAAGACCAAAACACUGUUUGCAGAAAACUUAUUUAAAUUU